AUGGCGAUAAGAAAUUCAAAUUUCUUUUUAUUAAUCCUAUUAUUAUCAUCAUCAAUCAAUGCAUUUAAUCUACCAGAAUUGGCACCUACUGAAUACUGUCGAUUUCCAUUGCCAGGGUCAAAAUGCAAAACUGAAGUUGAAGUAUAUGUCAAUCGUCUCAAUUCAUUUGAAUCUGUAUUAUCAUAUGAAUAUUCUUAUUUUCCUUUCUGUACUGUUAAUGAUGAACCAUCACCAAUUGAAAAUCUUGGUCAAGUUCUUAUUGGUGAACGAAUUCAACCAUCACCAUAUAAAUUUAAUUUUCUUAUAAAUUAUAACUGUCGUUAUGUAUGUACAAAGAAAUUUACAUCAACUGAUGCUAAUCAACAAAAAAUGCUUAAACGUUUAAUGAAAGGAAUAAUUUUAAAUUAUCAACAACACUGGAUACUUGAUAAUAUGCCUAUUACAUUAUGUUAUAAAAAUACUGAAAAUCUAGAAUUUUGUUCUCGUAGUUUUCCAAUUGGCUGUUAUGUAAUUGAUUUUUUUUUUAAAGAUGAAACAUGGAAAAGUACAUUUGGCGAAGAUAGUAGUCGAAUUAUUUCAGCGAAAAUACAAGUUAAUAGUCUCAAUUCAAAUAGAUGUGAUCGUACGACUGGACCAGUUAUGUUUCAAUCGACAAGCAAAGAUAUUGAAAUUCCAUUUACAUACAGUGUAAAAUUUAUAAAAACUAAUGAAAUAUAUUGGGCUAGUCGAUGGGAUUAUAUAUUGAAAUCAUUACCACAAACACGUAUUCAAUGGUUUUCAAUUUUAAAUUCGCUUGUCGUUGUAUUAUUUCUUUCGGGUAUAGUUGCUAUCAUUCUUUUACGUACAUUAUGUAAAGAUAAUCCGCGUUAUAGUCGAAUAGUUGGUACUGGUAGUACAAAAGAACAAUUUGGAUGGAAACUAAUUGAUGGUGAUGUAUUUCGUCCACCACAAAAAGAUAUACUUUUGUCUACUCUUGUUGGUAAUGGCGUUCAAAUUGCAAUGACAUUUUUAAUCACAUUAGUCUUCGCUGCACUUGAUUUUCUCUCACCAGACAAACCUGGUGCUUUACUGACUUGUCUUAUCCUAUGUUAUGUUCUUUUGGGUACUCCAGCUGGUUAUACUUCAGCUCGUUUAUAUAAAAUGUUUGGCGGUGCAAAUUGGAAGAAAAUUGCUCUAACAACAGCUAUUACAUGUCCAAGCUUAAUUUUUGUCAUUUUGUUUGUUUUAAAUCUUGUUCUUUGGCUAAAUGUUAGUUCAGCAACUAUUCCAUGUACUACAUUUUUAGCAUUACUUGCUCUUUGGUUCUGCAUAUCAACCCCAUUAGUAUUCAUUGGAGCUUAUCUUGGUUUCAAACGUUCAGUUUAUAAUAAUCCUGUUCCAAUUAAUCAAAUUCCACGAGAAGUACCUGAACAGCCUUUUUACACUAAACCAUUAUUAAGUAUCUUAGCGAGUGGUAUUCUUUCAUUUGGUUGUAUUUUUAUUCAACUGUUUUUCAUCUUAAACAGUAUUUGGGCUCAUCAAUAUUAUCAUUAUUUUGGAUUUUUACUUGUCGUAUAUAUAAUUCUUAUAAUUACAUGUUUGGAAAUAACAAUUUGUCUUUGCUAUUUUCAUUUAUGUACUGAGGAUUAUAAUUGGUGGUGGCGUUCAUUUUUAACAUCGGGUUCUACGGCUGUGUAUUUCUUUCUCUAUUCAGGUUUUUAUUUUGCGACUAAAUUAGAAAUAUCUGAUGGAGUAUCAACAUUUCUUUAUUUUGGUUAUACAUUAAUGCUAACAUUUAUUUUAUUUUUAUUUACCGGUGCAAUCGGUUUUCUUGCUUGUUUCUGUUUUCUUCACAUAUUUUAUUUUAUUGAAACAAUUCAUAAUAAAGGAAAAUAUUGGCGAAAAUUUUUUAGACGAACAAAUGGUUGGCAUACAUCAAGACUUUUCAAUUUACCGAAAUUAAAAUGUGUUGCACCAUUGUCUUCGAAAGACAUAAAAAAAUGGCAAAAAGAAUGGCAUAAAUUUUUCACAGAUAAUGAAGGAAAUUUAACACCAUAUGAAAAUUUAUGGGACAUUUUUAAUAUUGCUGUUUCUUCUAUAGAUCUUUUUACAGAAAAAAAUGAUCAUAUUAUUGAAAAGUUAAUAUCUGUUCAAAACUCAAUACCAAAUGAAAAGAAUCAUCAAUUACUAAGAAAUAAAAUCGAACAAAUGCGAUCUACUGUUAAUAGACUAUCCGAAGAAAUAACUGAUCUGAAAAAGCAAAAAAAUAAACUUCGAACUCAAAUAAGCCAACAAAGAACUGGUUCAUGGCGUAACACAUUAAGAAAAAAAAUUUUCCAAACACAUCAAACCAAGCUAAAUGAAAAAUUAAAUGGCGUAUCAAGAUCAAUCGACGAUAAAGACAAUUCAUUUAAAAAUGAAGUGGCAAUAUUUCAUCGGGAAGUAGCCAAUAUUAUUGAACAAAAUACAAAAGCUGAAAUCAGACUAACUGUAUCAAUGAAAAAACAAUUUACUGAUUUUGUUAACUCAUUUAAUAUAUUUCCCAGUGAAUUUAAGGAAGCAUUAGCACGUUGUAAUCCUAAAAAAGAUCUCGACCAAUGGAAACAAAAUAUUCUUUAUAAAAAUGCUGAACAAUCAUUCGAAUCUUCUGAUGAAGAGGAAGACUAUGAUCCGAAAAUCAAUCGGCAUCUAAAAUCUUUCAAAUCUCAAUCACAUGAAUUUGAAAAUAGUGAUGAGAAAACCUAUCAACGUCAAAAAUCUGUCCGAUCUCGAUCAAUUAAAAAUGAAAAUAGUGAUGAGAAAAUCAAUCGACAUUUAAAAUCUGUCAAAUCUCGAUCAACUGAAAAUGAAAACAUUGAUGAAAAACUUUGUCAGCCUCUUAAAUCUGUCAAAUCUCGAUCAAUUGAAAAUGAGAAUAGUGAUAACAAGAAAACCAUACGUCAGCAAUCACUCCGAUCUCCAUCAGUUGUAGACAAAAAUCGGAAUAAAAAGAUAAAAGCACGUCAGGAACCAUCUGAAUUCCAGGCAAUUGAUAGUGAUGACACUGAUGACGACAACUAG